UUCUGAAGGAAUCGCCAGCCAUCUUUAGUUGCAGAAGCCAUGGAAGUUUUAAUCUCACCUUCAUCCCUUAUUUCCGCAUAAAUGAAAUACAGACCAACCUUUAGACUUUAAUGUGAGGAAACACUAACCUGGGACCCUUUGCCGGACCUAUUUGGCUGUCGCUAGUCCAUGACAAAGAUAUUUGGCAACGUCCUAGGGAGGCCUUCAUUCAAAAUGAGUGAAAGCAAGUUGAAUACGUUGGUGCAGAAGCUUCAUGACUUUUUGGCUCACUCAUCCGAAGAAUCUGAGGACGCAAACUCGCCUCCAAGACUAUCUGUGAGCAAAAGUAUAGGUAAAAGUAGUGGGCCUGAAAAUAGUCCAACUCCAAUGGAAAACAACAGGGAAGAGGGCAAUAGCUCUUCAGAAAGAUCCAAAUCUUUAGGAUCAUCACGUUCAAAAAGGAAACCUACAGUUGUAACAAAGUAUGUUGGAUCAGAUGAUGAACAAACCUUACCCGAAACUGUAAAUGAAGAUGUUUCAAAUGAAAACUCAGAAAAUGAUGUUGAUAUGAAAAGCUUACCUAAAGGUACAGUGGUUGUACAACCAGAGCCAGUGCUGAAUGAAGACAAAGAUGAUUUUAAAGGGCCUGAAUUUAGAAGCAGAAAUAUCGUUAAAAUGAAACCUGAAGCUCCCAAAAAGCGUGGAGAGGAAGGACUGCAUGGAAUUGUAAGCUGUACAGCCUGUGGGCAACAGGUGAACCAUUUUCAAAAGGAUUCAAUCUAUAGACAUCCUACACUGAAAGUCCUUAUCUGUAAGACUUGCUACAAAUAUUAUAUGAGCGAUGACAUUAGCCGUGAUUCAGAUGGAAUGGAUGAACAGUGUAGAUGGUGUGCUGAAGGUGGAAAUUUAAUUUGCUGCGACUUUUGCCAUAAUGCCUUCUGCAAAAAGUGCAUUUUGCGCAAUCUGGGCCGAAAGGAGCUGUCAGCCAUAAUGGAUGAAAAUAACCAAUGGCAUUGCUACAUUUGCCACCCAGAACCUUUGUUGGACUUGGUCACUGCAUGUGACAGUGUUUUUGAAAAUUUAGAACAGUUAUUGCAACAAAACAAGAAGAAGAUCAGAGUUGAGAGUGAAAAAAGUAAAAUAUAUGAUCACACACUCAAAUUUUCUCCAAAGAGAAAUAUUUCAAAUUGUAAUGGAGAAGAAAAGAAAUUAGAUGACUCAUAUUCUGGUUCUUUAACCUAUUCCUAUAAAGCACUAAUGGUGCCAAAAGACAUGCUUAAAAAGACAAAAAAACUGGUUGAGACCACAACUAAUAUGAACGCUAGUUUUGUAAGUUUUUUGAAAACGGCAGCAGAAAAUUCAGAAAUAAACUCUACCAUACAGCUACGUCAGCUGAAAGCUUUUAAAUCUGUUUUGAGUGACAUAAAAAAAGUUCAUUUAGCAUUAGAAGAAGGUCUGAAUCAAGAGAUUCAAGCUUUGGAUGUUAAAAUCAAAGAGAAGAAUACCAAAGAGAAAAAAACUGAUAUUAAACUAGAAAAAAAUGAAGUGAAAAGAGAUGAAGGAAAGGAACAUGCAGAGUUGAAAGAGGACACUGUAAAGUCAGUGAAAAAAGCUGUGUCAGAACAGCCUGACAAUGAGCCCAUGGACCAAAAUGUUCCAGCAACACAACAAACAGAAAACAAGAAUACUAGCAGUGAAGAUAAAAAGUCUGAGACAAAUGAAGAGCCUCAAUAUGAACCUAAUAGUACUGAGGCUUUAGACAUGGAUAUUGUGUCUGUUCCUUCAUCAGUCCCUGAAGAUAUUUUUGAGACUCUAGAAUCGGCUAUGGAAACUCAGAGUGCAGCAGAUGAACAGGGCAAUGGAAGUACAUCAACAGAGCUGGAGACAGUAAAUGUUAAUAUAAAAUGUGCUACAGCUUCAAAAGACAUUAAAGGAGGUACCAAGUUAAAAGCAUCAGCUAAAGUAAGAAAAGAAUUGUUUGUAAAACUGACUCCUGUUUCCCUUUCUGAUUCUCCAGUUAAAGCUGAAGAUCAAGACAGUAAUCCAGUAAAGGGAGAUCAGAAUGCUGAUGUAAUACCCAAGGCAGAAAACUGUGAUUCUGGAAAAGAAAAUCAUUACAUUGGUAAUGAACGCUCACCUGAAAAUGAAACUGUCCCCUUGGUAGAGGAAUCUGAUCUCAGGAGGUCUCCACGUGUGAAGACUACACCUCUGAGGCGUCAAACAGACAUGAAUCCUUUAACAUCUAAUUCAGAAGAGGACAGCAAUGACGCAUACUGUGAGAAGCGCAAGCAAAAAUCAUCAACCCAGUCAAUGAGAAAAAAAGAUAAAAGAAAUUCUUCUGACAAUACUACUGAUCAUCCUAAACCUAAUAAGCUUUCUAAAUCAAAAAAAUCAGACAUAUUGGACCAAAGUUCGGAUUCAGAUGAGAUGCCAGCAGUCCUUAAAGAAGUAGCCAUGAUGAGUCAUAGUUCCUCAGAUAUUGAUAGCAAUAGUGAGACAUCCAAUAAUAUUCAGAAGAAUGCUUUAAAUGAUCUAACGAAACAACCAGUGAAGUAUGAGAAUGGAAAGCGCAAAAGAAAAAGCUCCACUUCUGGUUCAGAUUUAGUUGCCAAAAAAGGCAAAUCAACUAAAGGCUCCACUUCUGCAAAAAAGAAACGACAGAACCCUUCAGAUUCUUCAAAUUAUGACUCUGAGUUAGAAAGAGAGAUAAAGAGUUUGAGUAAAAUAGAGUCUGCAAAAAAAGCCAAAAAGAAAUACCCCAGAAAAGAAGAGAAUUAUGAUUCUUCUUCUGAAGAACAGAAUAAAAAAGGAUCUACUAGUAAGAAAAAAAUAAAUUUGAAGAAACAGCAGGUUGAAUCAUCUGAUGAUGCUGAGAAGUCAUCCCCAGAGAAAGAGGAGACUAAUCAUUCUUCUGAAGAUAAAAAAAUUAGGAAGGGGACAGCAGUCAAUGAAAAGAAAAACAGAGAUUUAAAAGAAAGAACUCCGAAGGGGAAGCAUGACGGAUCAUCUGAUACUGAGAAAUCAUCCCUGGAGAAAGAGGAGAGUUGCCAUUCUUCUGAUGGUAAAAAGAGAGCAGAAACAAAAGAAAAGAAAAACAGAAAUUUGAAAAAGAGAAAGGUACAGAAUGAUUCUUCUUUGGAUGGAACUGAGAAGUCUGCAGCGAAGGAGCAGAGUUGUGAUUCUUCAGAAGACAAAACCAAGAAUAAAAAAGGAACAGAAGGUAAAGAAAACAAAAAAGAAAACUCGAAAAAGAAAAAUAAGAAAGAACAAGAUGGUUCUUCUUCUGAUGGAGAUAAAUCAUCCCCAGAGAAAAAGAGUUGCAUUUCCUCUGAAAAUAAGAGUAAAAAUGAAAUGGCAGUUGAGGAAAAGAGAGAGAGAAAUUUGAGAGAGAGAACAUUGAAAAAGUUGCAGAAUGAUUCAUCUUCAGAUGCUGAGAAGUCCCCAAAGAAAGAGGAGAGUUCUUCUGAAGAUGUUCAACAGAAUAAAAAACGAAUAGAAGCUAAAGAAAAGAAAAAAGUAAGCCACAAAAAGAAAACUUCCAAAAAAGAACAGAAUGACUCAUUGUCCUCUUCUGAUGAGGAGCCUUAUGAAGACAAUAAAAAAAAGAGUAAAAAGAGUUCCGCUAAGGAGAAUAAAAAGGGUAACUUAAAAGUGGAAAAAAGAAUUUCUAAAAAACAGAAGGAUGACAUCACCUGUUCCUCCUCAUCAGAUGAGGAAGAAAAUGAUGACCAGAAUUCAGCAAUCGAUGGAAGCAGUGAUGAGCAGAAGAUUAAGCCAGUGACUGAAAGCUUAAUACUGUCCUCCAACACAGGAUUUUGUCAGUCUUCAGGGGAUGAAGGAGAGACUAAAUCGGGGGCUGUUCCAAUGGAGGAGGAGGAGGAUGAUGACGAUCCUGAGAAUAGAAUUGCCAAGAAAAUGCUUUUAGAAGAAAUCAAAGCCAAUCUUUCCUCUGAUGAGGAUGCAUCUUCAGAUGAAGAAUCAGAUGAAGGAAAAAAGAAAACUGGAAAGAAAAAUGAAAACGCAGAAGAUGACGAGGAGAAUGAAAAGGAAGAUAAUUCUGAAUCCGAUUCAGAUGAUGAAGAGUCUAAGAAGCCUAGAUAUAGACACAGACUGCUGAGACACAAGCUAAGUAUGAGUGAUGGAGAAUCUGAGGAAGAAAAAAAGGGAAAAUCUAAAGACACAAAAGAAGGCAAACGCAGAAAUAGAAGGAAAGUGAGCAGUGAUGAUUCAGAUGACUCAGAAUUUCAUGAAUCUGGAGUUAGUGAAGAAGUCAGUGAAUCUGAAGAUGAGCAACGUCCUAGAACAAGAUCUGCUAAGAAAGCUGAGGCAGAAGAAAAUCAGCGCAGUUACAAGCAGAAAAAGAAAAGACGACGCAUAAAGGUUCAGGAGGAUUCUUCUAGCGAAAACAAUAAUAAGAGUAAUUCUGAGGAUGAAGAUGACAAUGAUUCAAAAUCUCCUGGAAAAGGCCGGAAGAAAAUACGAAAGAUUCUUAAAGAUGAUAAGCUUAGAACAGAAACACAAAAUGCACUGAAGGAGGAGGAAGAGAGAAGAAAACGUAUUGCAGAAAGAGAAAGAGAGAGAGAGAAAUUAAGAGAGGUGAUAGAAAUAGAAGAUGCUUCACCUCUAAAGUGUCCGAUCACAACUAAACUGGUUUUAGAUGAAGAUGAAGAAACCAAAGAACCUAUAGUACAGGUUCACAGAAACAUAGUUACCAAACUGAAACCACAUCAAGUAGAUGGUGUUCAGUUCAUGUGGGAUUGCUGUUGUGAAUCUGUGAAAAAAACAAAGAAAUCUGCAGGUUCCGGAUGCAUUCUUGCCCAUUGCAUGGGUCUAGGAAAAACAUUGCAGGUAGUGAGUUUUCUCCAUACAGUUCUAUUGUGUGAUAAACUGGAUUUCAGCACAGCUCUCGUGGUGUGUCCACUGAACACUGCCUUGAACUGGCUGAAUGAGUUUGAAAAAUGGCAAGAAGGUUUAGAAGAUGAUGAGAAACUAGAGGUCUCUGAACUAGCAACUGUAAAACGCCCUCAAGAAAGAUCCUAUAUGCUGCAGCGAUGGCAGGAAGAUGGAGGCGUUAUGAUCAUAGGCUAUGAGAUGUACCGUAAUCUUGCACAAGGCAGGAAUGUCAAAAGUAGAAAACUUAAGGAAAUAUUUAACAAGGCUCUGGUUGAUCCAGGCCCUGACUUUGUUAUAUGUGAUGAAGGGCACAUAUUAAAAAAUGAAGCUUCUGCUGUUUCUAAGGCUAUGAAUUCUAUACGAUCCAGGAGGAGGAUAAUUCUUACAGGAACACCACUGCAGAAUAAUCUUAUAGAAUAUCACUGCAUGGUUAAUUUUAUCAAGGAAAAUUUGCUUGGAUCAAUUAAGGAAUUCAGAAAUCGGUUUAUAAAUCCAAUCCAGAAUGGUCAGUGUGCAGACUCCACCAUGGUAGAUGUUAGGGUAAUGAAGAAGCGUGCCCACAUACUGUAUGAGAUGCUAGCUGGAUGUGUUCAGAGGAAAGAUUACACAGCAUUAACAAAGUUCCUGCCACCAAAAUAUGAAUAUGUUCUAGCAGUUAGAAUGACAUCUAUUCAGUGUAAGCUGUAUCAGUACUACUUGGAUCACUUGACAGGUGUAGGUAGUAGCAGUGAAGGUGGAAGAGGUAAAGCUGGAGCUAAGCUCUUCCAGGACUUCCAGAUGUUAAGCAGAAUCUGGACUCACCCUUGGUGUUUGCAGCUGGACUAUAUUAGUAAAGAAAAUAAGGGCUACUUUGAUGAAGACAGUUUGGAUGAGUUCAUAGCUUCAGAUUCAGAUGAAACUUCAAUGAGUUUAAGCUCUGAUGAUUAUGCUAAGAAAAAAAAAUCCAAGGGGAAAAAAGCAAAGAAAGAGAGUAGCUCAAGUGGAAGUGGAAGUGAUAAUGAUGUUGAAGUGAUUAAAGUCUGGAAUUCAAGAUCUCGUGGGGGUGGAGAAGGAAACACAGAGGAACUUGCAAACAACCCUCCAUUGGCUGUAAAGUCAGAUGAAGGUAAAGCCACAUCCUCUUCCAACCCAGGCAGCCCAGCUCCAGACUGGUACAAAGAUUUUGUCACCGAUGCAGAUGCUGAAGUAUUGGAACAUUCUGGGAAAAUGGUGCUUCUCUUUGAAAUUCUUCGCAUGGCGGAGGAGCUUGGAGAUAAAGUUCUAGUUUUUAGCCAGUCUCUAAUAUCACUGGAUUUGAUAGAAGAUUUUCUGGAACUGGCAAGCAGGGACAAAACUGACAAAGAUAAGCCUGUUAUUUAUAAAGGUGAAGGAAAAUGGUUCAGAAAUAUUGACUACUAUCGUUUAGAUGGUUCAACCACGGCUCAGUCAAGAAAGAAAUGGGCUGAAGAAUUUAAUGAUGAAACUAAUGUGAGAGGCCGUUUGUUUAUUAUUUCCACUAAAGCAGGAUCCCUUGGAAUUAAUCUGGUGGCUGCUAAUAGAGUGAUUAUCUUUGAUGCCUCUUGGAAUCCAUCCUAUGAUAUUCAGAGUAUCUUCAGGGUUUACCGCUUUGGGCAGAACAAACCUGUGUUUGUGUACAGGUUCUUGGCUCAGGGAACAAUGGAGGACAAGAUAUAUGAUCGUCAAGUAACGAAGCAGUCACUGUCUUUCCGAGUAGUUGACCAGCAGCAGGUUGAACGUCACUUUACCAUGAAUGAGCUUACAGAGCUUUAUACCUUUGAGCCAGACUUGCUGGAUGACCCUAAUUCAGAAAAGAAAAAGAAGAGGGAUACACCCAUGCUGCCAAAGGAUACAAUUCUGGCAGAAUUGCUUCAAAUCCACAAAGAACAUAUAGUGGGCUAUCAUGAACAUGAUUCCCUCCUAGACCAUAAAGAGGAAGAAGAAUUGACUGAAGAGGAAAGGAAGGCAGCUUGGGCAGAAUAUGAAGCUGAAAAAAAGGGUCUGACCAUGCGCUUCAACAUGCCAGCUGGGACUAAUAUGCCUCCUAUCAAUUUCAACUCUCAAACUCCAUAUAUUCCGUUCAAUUUGGGAGCAUUGUCGGCAAUGAGUAACCAACAGCUAGAGGACCUCAUUAAUCAAGGAAGAGAAAAAGUUGUGGAAGCAACCAACAGUGUAACUGCAGUGAGAAUUCAGCCCCUUGAAGAUAUAAUUUCAACUAUAUGGAAGGAAAAUCUGACCCUGACAGAGACCCAAGUACAGGCCUUGGCCCUAAGCAGACAGGCAAGCCAGGAGCUUGAUAUUAAGCGCCGAGAAGCCAUCUAUAAUGAUGUCUUGACAAAACAACAGAUGUUAAUCAGUUGUGUUCAGCGGAUACUUAUGAACAGAAGACUACAGCAGCAGUACAAUCAGCAGCAGCAGCAGCAAAUGUCUUAUCAACAAGCAGCAAUGAGUCAUCUCAUGAUGCCAAAGCCUCCAAAUUUAAUCAUGAAUCCUUCCACCUACCAGCAGAUAGAUAUGAGAGGAAUGUAUCAGGCAGUUUCUGGUGGUAUGCAGCCACCGCCAUUGCAGCGUGCACCACCCCCAAUGAGAGGCAAAAAUCCAGGACCUUCCCAAGGGAAAUAA